CCAAACACACUCUUGAAUGUGCAUAACAAUUAUUCAACAGGAGGGUAAUUAUGUAAUUUCAAGUGACAGCUUCCGAAACCUCUCUUGCACCUGAACCUUAUUGAUUGUGUUUUUUUUUCCCCUGCUUUUCGAGUCAACUGAACAAAGGAAGGAAGAGCCAAGAAAAAGUGCACGCCAUGGUCCAUGACAAGACUUCUCUACUCAUUUUAUUACUCCUUUUGACCCUCUUCUUCUUGUUUUUACCCUCUUCCUCUCACUAAUGAAUGACAUUGUUCUUUAGCUUCUGCAUAUUUAAUGGAUUUCUAUGUAGUUUGCACCACCCACUAGCCUCCUCGUCUACAAAUAUGACCUUUCAUUUCUAGCUGAGUGACAACUGAGAAGUGACUUCAUUUGACUUGUCUUGCCAAGAUCAAUCAAACACCACCAUACUGUACUACUUCUUGGCAGAUAUGGCUCAACAGGAAGAGGGUUGGCCUCUGGGUCUGCAGCCCCUGAAUGUGAGGGUUGCGUCAUAUGGAUCAAUUUCAUUCCACACUUUACUCACUGGUUCUCCCACUUCCUCUUCAGAUUUCUCGUCAGAUUUAGACUCCAAGUCAACCGGAUCAUUCUUCCAUGACAACAGCAUUACACUUGGGAGUCUUAUAGGUAUUUCUAGCAUAUUAGAGCUCUCUAGGAAAUCAAUUAGGGGAAGAAAGGCAGAGGACUUAAAAGAAAAGAAGAGUUGCAAAUCCAAAACUUGGUUUUUCUCUUUAUGUUCAAGAGACAGUACUGAUGCUGAAAGUCCCAACAAUCCACUAUCUCUAGGCCACUUGCUCGCAGUGGAAAGAAGAGCUGCUAAUGAAAACAGGAGGAACCAAAGCCCUUGCAUUUAUGCACCUGAUGAGCUUGCCCUGGCUCCUCCUGUUCCAGAACCAAACUCGCUAUUUGUCAAUGGCCAUGUUGCACCCCCUCAGACAAGUCCAUGGUAUGGUUCAAGUGGAAGAUCAGAGCAUGGGAGUGGGAGUGGGAGUGGGUAUGGAUUUCCUUCACUAUUUCCAUGCAUGUGUGGUCAAUCCUCCCAGUGAGUAACCAGGUCUUCAUUCUUUGUGUCUUGAUAUUUCUUAUUGAAUUUGAUCAAGUGCUGGUUGGAGAUAUAGAAAUAGAGUUUUGCUACCCCUUUUUCUUUUCUUCAUUCCCUAUCUAUUGAUUGAAGUAUUAGUGGUGAGUGUUUGUCUCUUGGGUGAAGGUGAUUGCAUUGCAAUUGCAAUCUUGUUUGUAAUUGUUGGUAUUGCUGGUCUCCUCCCACAAGCUCACGCCAUUUGACCCAAAAAAAAAAAACAAAAGAAAAGUUGUCCCAAUUGAAAUAA